GCUCUGUGUAAAUGGCGUGACGAAACAACCAAGUAGGCGGACCGAUUACAACUAGGUUUAUUUUAAUUGACAUAAUUUGUAUGUUGCCUCUCAUGGGCUUGAAGUUUGGAGUGACACUUGAGCCAGUAUGAAUUCUAAGAUUCAUUUCUGCAGUUAAUUCGUGAGACCAUGAGUAAACAUACACUCUCUAACCUAACUCUUAUCAAAGUUAACUUGUAUUUUCGGAGAUAAUGUAUAUAGUAGAUAUUAUAAUCAUGCUCAAGAUUACUUGUGUAAAGUCUAUGAAUAGGUGUAGUUAUCAUUUAAAUCUUUCUUGUAAGAUAUUAUACUCGUAAUUAUAUGAGUUGGAUACAUAACUUGCUCAAGUUAUGGGAAAUAAGAAUAGUUGUUGUGCUUACUCUACUCCACCUUCAAGGAAAAAAGAUGUUCAACAUUUUGAGGAAUAUUUACCGGAGGGAGAAGAGAGCAUUGGUAACUUGCAGCACAUUAGUGAGAGAGAGAUUGAAGACUGGGACACGGACCCUUCAUUGCAUCCCAAAGCUGGCACCUUGUUCCUAGAACGCUCAAAAGUUUCAGUAGAAAAUGGUCUGUCUAGAAAAAAAAGUCAGAAUCAUAUAGCUGAGAUCAGAAGUUCGGGAUUAAAAAAGAGCAGUUCUUGUUCAACAAUUUACCUAGAUGACAGCACUGUUUCACAGCCUAAUUUAAAAAAUACUGUAAAGUGUGUAUCAUUAGCUAUUUAUUAUCAUAUCAAGAAUAGAACCUCCGAGAGAUACAUGGAAAUCUUCGAUGAAAGAAAACAUCCGUUAACACGAGAUGGUGUUCCAGAAGACUAUGAUCAACAUAAUCCUGAGCAUAAGCAGAUUUAUAAAUUUAUUAGAACAUUAUUUAAUUCUGCACAGCUGACUGCAGAAUGUGCCAUUAUAACUCUAGUCUAUCUUGAAAGAUUAUUAACCUAUGCAGAAGUUGAUAUUACUCCUGGAAACUGGAAGAGAAUUGUGUUGGGAGCAAUACUUCUUGCCUCUAAAGUGUGGGAUGACCAAGCAGUUUGGAAUGUGGAUUACUGCCAAAUUCUAAAAGAUAUAACCGUAGAAGACAUGAAUGAACUAGAAAGGCAGUUCCUGGAAAUGUUGCAAUUUAAUAUCAAUGUACCAUCCAGCGUAUAUGCAAAAUAUUAUUUUGAUCUAAGAAGUUUGGCUGAAGCAAAUGACUUAGCAUUCCCUGGUGAGCCUUUAAGCAAAGAACGAGCACAAAAACUUGAAGCUAUGUCUCGUAUAUGUGAAGAUAGGGUUACUGCUGAAUUGCUCAAGAAUGGACUUAAAAAGUGGUCGAGUGUAGAUAAUGUCAAUGCUAUGGGAAAUAUUGCACCCAGGCGAAGUGUUGCCAUCCUCUCAUGAACUUGUAAUUUUGUAAUAUAAGAUAUCUUCAUCAUAUCCAUUUAGUGAACAGGUACGCGUGUCUUCUCAAUAUUUCUUUCUUUUUUUUUUAUUCUAAAUGUAUGUAUAUAAAAUUUGUGUGAUAUGUUAUAAGUUAUACUUCAUAAAUGAGUUCUUGACAAUAAAAUUUAUGUUACUGUUAUAUCACUGGUUUAUGGAUUAAUAAAUUUAAAUAAGUCUAUGCAGUGAUAUAUUUCUUAUAGUUUUAUAUUAAUAGAUUUGAUUCCUAAAGAAUUAGUAAUUUUUGAGAUGUAUUUUUAAGAUUUCAUAAAAAAUCUGACUGAUUAAUUGGGACUGCUUUCUUUACUAAUUUUAAAUGUUUAUAUUUUUUUUCAUUGUAAAAUUAUAUUCACAGGGAAAAACAGUAAUUCCUUGUUUGUUUUUUCUUAACUUUUUUCAAAUAAAAAACUAGAAAAGUAUAAAAUAAAUGUUUAUUUUUUUCAAAUCUGUAAAAAAUCAUUUAAUUUUGUGAUUUCAAGAGCUUUAAUUCACUUUCAAUUAAUUAUAAUAUUUAUUAGAGAAACUGUGCCCAUUUAAUCCAUAAAAUAUUUCCUCAAGAAACUCACCAAAGUAAUUUGCUGUAAAUAAUGGUUAUUGUAAGUAAAAAUUAAUGUUGAAUAACAUUGUUAGGUAGUAACAAAUAUUUUAUUUAAAGGAAGAUAUAUAAAUAUAUUAAAUUGUAGUAAUUUCAAUCAAUAAAUAUUUUAUAUAAUUAAUGAAAUUUCCAAAUUUUUAUAGAUAGAUAUUUUAACAUGCAAUAAAUUGAUUUAUUAUAAUUAUUAUUUAUUAGUUGUUUUUUUUUAUUAUUGUCUUAUCAUUAUACAUUCCACGAUGAGCCACCUUUCAUGUAUUCUGUUUUAAGAUGAUAUUGUUCUUUGAGGGAUUUACAUUAAUUUAUUUGUUUUAGAACUUAUUUAAUAGUUUUAUUUAACCACUAUGAAAUUUAACAAUUUUUGAAAAUAUUGUUUUUUUUUAUUUUAUUACGAAGUUCACCUGUUAUGAAAAUUUUAUGAAUUAGUAAUCCUUUGUUUAGAUUGUGCAGUAUUAAUUGUAAUAAUUACUGUAAAUGGUCUAUGUUCCGUCUCCUACCCCACUUUAUUUUUUAUUAUUAAUUUUUUAUUGCUAUGUUUAAAAUAUUUUAUAAAUAAAUAUUUAUACCAGAAAGAAAAAAAAAAAAAGAAAUGUAACUAACUUACUAUCAAAUAUAAAACUGUUAGUUAAAAUUCUCUCAAAAUAUUUAUUUAAUAAAAUCAAAUUUCUAUGCUGCUUUUGUUAGCAGGUUCAGUUAAAACAACAAAUUCAUUUUAUGAUAUAUCUUUAUUAAUUGUAAGGAAAUUUCAUAAACUGUUAAUUUAAAUUGAAUGUUAUUUAAUGGGAGAUGUAAUGAUAUUAUAGAGUGACAUUAUGGAAUGUUUGAAGUUACAUUAAGAAUAAUAUCUUAGGUAGCAUUAUUAAAUGGUUAUUGCAUUAUGAUUUUGUUUAACCAAAGUUUUUUUUAUAUAUGAAAAUGCCUAAUUAAAUAUUAAUUUUAUGUUAACAUAUUUUUUGUAUCUCAUUUUGAUAAUUUUCAUGCAAAUGGUCCAUGUCGACAGCGAAUUAUAAAGAAAACGCAUUUUUAAAUAAAUGCAUAAGUUAUUUAUUAACUAAUGUUUACUUU